AUGGCUGGUGAGCAAGAAGAAGGAACGACAUUGGAGUUCACUCCAACAUGGGUGGUUGCCGCCGUCUGCACUGUCAUCGUUGGCAUCUCUCUCGCCGUCGAACGCUCCCUCCACUUUACCGGCGAGUAUUUAAAGAAGAAGAAUCAAAAGCCCCUCUAUGAGGCUUUACAAAAAGUUAAAGAAGAGUUGAUGCUGUUGGGAUUUAUAUCACUUUUGCUGACUGCGUUUCAAGCCCGUAUAGUAAAGCUUUGUGUGCCUGAUGAUACAAUGAAACAUUUACUUCCUUGCUCAUUGCCAUCCGUUGCUUCAUCAUCUGGUGGAGAAGAAUCCCUUAAAAUUAUUCCUAAUUCGAUGUUGCAUAAGCGGCGCUUGCUUGCUGAAGAUAGUGAAGAUUAUUGUAAAGCUAAGGGUAAAGUCCCGCUAUUGUCUCUUGAAUCAUUGCAUCAUCUCCACACCUUUAUCUUUGUUCUAGCAGUUGUGCAUGUGACAUUGUCUGUUCUCACUGUUGUAUUUGGAGGGGCAAAGAUUCACCAAUGGAAGCAUUGGGAGGAUUCUAUUUCAAGAGAUCGUUGUAAUACAGAACCAGCUCUGAAACCAAGCUUCACACAUGUCCAUCAACACGAUUUCAUCAAGAAGAGAUUUUCGGGCGUGGAAAAGCAUUCAGCCCUGUUGAGUUGGUUGCAAUCUUUUUUUAAGCAAUUUUAUGGAUCUGUUACAAAAUCAGAUUAUUCAGCACUCCGACUAGGUUUCAUUAUGACACAUUGUAGAGGAAACCCAAAGUUUAACUUCCAUAGGUAUAUGAUACGGGCACUAGAAGCUGACUUUAAGACAGUAGUUGGUAUAAGUUGGUAUUUGUGGAUAUUUUUCAUACUCUUCUUGUUGUUGAAUAUAAAUGGUUGGCAUACAUAUUUUUGGAUGGCAUUCAUUCCUUUUGUCCUUCUACUUGCUGUGGGAACGAAGUUGGAGCAUGUGAUUUCCCAAUUGGCUCACGAGGUUGCCGAGAAACAUGUAGCCAUUGAGGGUGAAUUGGUCGUUCAACCUUCUGACGAUCACUUUUGGUUCAAUCGACCUCACGUCAUACUUCUUUUGAUUCAUUUUAUUCUCUUUCAAAAUGCUUUUGAGAUCGCGUUCUUCUUUUGGAUAUGGGUUCAAUAUGGUUUCAACUCCUGCAUAAUGGGACAAGUCCAGUAUAUUGUUCCUAGGAUUCUAAUAGGUAUUUUCAUUCAGGUGCUCUGCAGCUAUAGCACGCUACCACUCUAUGCUCUCGUUACACAGAUGGGAUCACAUUUCAAGAAGUCGAUAUUUGACGACCAUGUGCGAACUGGCCUUCUGGGUUGGGCGGAGAAGGUGAGGAACAAGAAACGGUUGAGGACUGCAUCUGAUGGUUCCUCGCAAAGGUGUUCAACUGAAGGUUCUGCUGCUGGAAUACGUACGAGUGGAAUUUCGUCUCAGGAACUGGCUGAGGUUCAACCUGCAUAUGAUUCAGAGAAUUCGAAAGACUGA